CGCUCAUUCAUCCUCUUUGCCUUCGUUGUCUAUGUAGCCGCAGCGCCGCAGCUCUCGGUAGGUCUCUGUGCAUGACCAAUGCGGCGCUUAGUCUGACACUCGAAGGUCACGUAGAAUCUGUUCCCAGCUGCCGCUGCUAAUUCAGUCGCCGCACCGGUCGCGUCUCAAAUCGUGCCCUCCGUUGCCACUCAGGCUGUUUCGCCUGCCGUAGGUACCGAGGCAGUGGCACCUGCAGUGGCCACGCAGGCCGCUACUGUGCCUGCGGUCGCUUCGAUGCCCGCAGCUGUCAGCCCAGCUGUCGCCACGACCGCUGGUGCACCUCAGGUGGUUGGCACUCAAGUCGCACAGACAAUGGUCUUGCCUAGCUUGUUCGCCAAUCUUGCACCUACUUCGACUGCAGCUGCAUUCGGUCUCGUCAUCCCCACGCCCUCUGCUGCUGCCUCUAUGCAGCCUGCGUCUGCUAGCGGUGCGAUGCCCGUCUCAUCAGCCUCGCAGACUGUCGCGGCACCGUUCGCGCUACCCACGCUCGCGUUCCCCUCAGCCUUGCCUGCUAUCAGCUUCCCUUCGAUCUCGCUGCCUUCCGGUCUUCCAGUCCUUGGCGCUGUUCAGCCCGCUUCAUCAGCGACCGCCUCACCGGUCGCUGUCACGCCCGCCACUGCAUAGACGACCGAUGGACACUUAGACCUUCAAUGCAUGCUUUCUCUUACCUUCAUGUCCUCUCAAGAGUCUCUAGCGCGGCGCAAGCUGGAUCGAGCACCGAUCGGCCGCCGAAAAAAGGCAUGCAUCAAGCCAUAUUGACGUCAAGCGAAACGCGCAUAGC